AACUAAAAAAAGUCAUCGCCUCUGUCAGCACCGAUCAGAGUCUAGGUGCUCUCAGAGUCAGCACUCUUCCAAUCAGCGCCUCCAUGGUAUUUUCCUUCUCCUCAACACACUUGGUUCUGUCAGUCUUCUGAUUCUUCUAGUUUUUGCUGCGUCUUUCUACUAAAGCUGCUUAUUCUAUCAUCUGUAAUCACCUUUUUCUGUACUUGAUAGGCACAAUAGAACUAAUUUAGAGAUGCCCAAAUCAAGAUUCCUUCUAAUUUCCUCGUACUGUAGAAACUAGAAGGAACCCUUUUAACAAUUAAUACAUUUGAACUUCAUCUUUUGCCUCAAUCUUUGUAUUUUGGGUCAAGAAAAAAACAUGGGUUUUGGUUUAUCUGUGCUGAUAGGGUUGAAGGCAACUGUUCUAUUCUUGGUAUUUGCUUACCUUAGAGUCCUUGGUUUCAAAUUGUUGUCACUACCCGUGUUGUACGCAUCUUUGAUUUCCAUGUUGGUCUCAAUUGCUUCUCACCCAUAUAUUAAUCUUCCCAUUCUUUUGGGGAAAAACCCAGAUGGGACUUUCCCCAUUUGGUCAUUAAUUAUGUUCAGUCCAUACUUGUAUUUUGUCCGUGGUUUCUCGGCGUUGCGAAGAUUCAGCAGUGGGGAGGCUCCUUAUAGCCAAAUUAGUGAGGGUUUGUAUGUUGGAGGGUGGCCUUGUUCACCUGAAAAACUGCCUCCUGGAAAUCCUGCUAUUAUUGAUUGUACUUGUGAAUUGCCAAGGAAUUUAGAAUUACCAGGACAUGGAUAUUUGUGCUUACCCACUUGGGAUACGAGGUCACCUCAGACGAGUGAAAUGGAAUCCGCAAUUCAGUGGGCUUGUAGGAAGAGAGGUCAGAAAAUACCGAUCUUCAUUCACUGUGCAUAUGGUCAUGGACGAAGCGUUGCGGUGAUGUGUGCACUGUUGGUAGCUCUAGGUGUGGCUGAUGAUUGGAAAAAUGCUGAGAAGUUAAUUAAAGAAAAACGACCUCAUAUUAAUAUGAAUGCUCUCCACCAUAAAGCCUUGGAUGAAUGGUCAAUGCACAAGCUAUCUGCUGCGAAAAAAGGAUGAAGAAAUCCGUAAAUUCUGGAAUUUUGUCUAAUGCUUCUGGAUGAUCUCAAUUAGAUAGGCCACAUGGCAAAGUUGAUUGCCUAUUCUCUACUUUCAUUCACUAUGAAUACUUAUCCCUCAUCUGUUGGUUGGGAAUGACUGUAUUAUUGGUGUUACCUUUGUUAUAACUCAGUUAUAUUAUGAUAUUGUUGUUCUUUUAUCGUCUCA